GCCGGGGCGCAGGCUCCGUCGCCGCUGUCCUCGCGCCCACCUGGGCACCAUGGCCGGGCCCUGUGCGGGAGGCCGCGGCCGCCGCUUCGUCGCAGGCGUCCGGUGGCGGCCGACGGGCGGGCGCUGAGGAGCGGGCGGUCGGGCAUGGCCUCGCCCCCCGGCGGCGAGCAGCGGGCUCUGCGGGAGCGGGUGGCGGCGCUAGAGGCGGACCUGGGCUCCUGCCGCGGGCAGCUGGAGCGGGCGCAGCGGCGGCUGCGCCGCACCGAGCGCCUCUACCGCGAGGCGCGGGAGGGCAACGAGGCGCUGAGGAGACAGGUUGAAGAGCUCACUAAGGAAAUCCUCAAUAGGAAGGAGAAGGAUACAUAUAGCGUAGAAGUACAGACAGAGGACUAUGCUGCAUGGUCACAAGCAGAUUUUUACUGCUAUGAAGAUUACUACAAUCACACUGAUACUCAGGAUUGUGCAGAUGAACUGCCAGUGCAGCACAAUCAUGAGACUGAAGGCACUGAGCAUAAUUCCACAGAGGAAUUGCAGAGAAAUGUUAAUCUUCCAUUAAGGACGGAUAGCCCCAAAGUUGCUGAAGUUGGAGCAGAGGAAAAUUUCAUCCAGAAUUCACAGGAAGCAGAAGAUACUUCAUUGCCAGAGGGUUCUUUGGCAGAGAGCUUGAGAGCUGCUGCUGAAGCUGCUGUUUCACAAACCGGAUUUAUUUAUGAUGAAAAUACAGGACUGUAUUAUGACCACAGUACUGGAUUCUACUAUAAUUCGGAAAAUCAACUAUAUUAUGAUCCAGCAACUGGAAUUUAUUACUACUGUGAUGUGGAAAGUGGCCGAUACCAGUUUCAUUCACGAGUGGAUCUGCAGUCUUAUCAGACCUCUGGUACUCAGCACACCAGGGAUAAAAAAGGGAAAAAGAAGAGAAAAGAGCCAGAGCGGAUUACUGCAAAUGACCAUAAGGAUCUGGACACAGAAGAGCAGAAAUCAUCUAGCAUUCUGAAUUGCUUUUCCACUGCUGAGCAGCUAAGUUCUACUGAAGAAGAGGAGUCUCCAAGCAUAAGAAAGAAGACUAAAAUGGACACAGAACCACAAAACAGUCUAACAGCCAAAGAAUCUAUUUCUACAGACAAUAUAAAUUCACAUUCUUGCAAAAGUACACCGGAUGCGGCAGCACAUGCAGAUGACAGGAGAACAGGAGACACAGAGAGUGAGCCAGAAGAAGGUGAAAUUACAGAUUCUGAGUGUGAAGCAUACAGCAGUGAGGAUGAAGUAACAAGUGAAGAAACUGCUUAUUCAGAAGACUCAGAAAAUGAAGAUGAAGAAAAGAUCUGGCCUCCUUGUAUCAGAGUGAUUGUAAUAAGAUCACCAGUUCUGCAGACUGGAUCACUUUAUAUUAUCACAGCUGUGAAGCCUGCUACAAUUGGAAGAGAAAAAAGUGUUGGACACACACUUGAGAUUCCUGAAGUUGGAGUCAGUAAGUUCCAUGCAGAAGUGUAUUUUGACCACGAUUUGCAAAAUUAUGUUCUUGUGGAUCAAGGCAGUCAGAAUGGAACAGUUGUUAAUGGAAAUCAGAUUCUUCAGCCUAAAACAAAAUGUGAUCCCUACAUCUUGGAACAUGGAGAUGAAGUGAAGAUUGGUGAAACUGUGCUUUCUUUUCACAUACAUCAUGGCAGUGAUACUUGUGAUGGAUGUGAACCAGGACAAGUCAGAGCACAUCUUCGUCUUGACAGGAAAAAGGAAUCUUCUGUUUGCCCAGCACUUAGCAAAGAAGAGAGAGAGAUAGUCAGAAGAAAAGCAUUAAAAAAAAUACGUGAAAAAUAUGGUUUACAGAACACAGAGUAUGAAGACAAUAAAGCAGUGAAGAAUCCAAAGUACAAAGACAGAGCGGGAAAACGCAGAGAGACCAUUGGAAGUGAAGGAACCUUCCAGAGAGAUGAUAGUCCAGCGUCUGUUCAUAUUGAAAUCAGCAACAGCAAUAAAGGACAUAAAAUGCUGGAGAAGAUGGGAUGGAAGAAGGGGGAAGGCCUGGGCAAGGAUGGUGGUGGUAUCAAGGAUCCGAUCCACCUUCAGUUACAUAAGACGCAUGCAGGUUUGGGUACCAGUAGACCAGCUUCAGCUGAAGAUGUUCAGAUCAUCCAGAGCAAGAAUAAAAAGAACUGGGAUAAAGCAAGAGAAAGGUUUGCUGAAAACUUCCAAGAACCAAAAUCACAAAAAGAUACACCUAAGAUUGUACCUUGGGUUAGAGGGACUUUAGAGUAAAGUCCCACAGCAGGGUAAUUCCUGUGUGUAAAUAGCUGGGAGAGAAUUUAUUUUUACUCUUUGUUUCUUUUGCUAAAGCAGAAGUUUGGCAUAUGUAAAAUACAGUUGUGGAUAAAAAUAUACAAGACUAACUCUUA